AUUAAGUACCUCCUGCGUGAGCUGGGUUUAAAUCAAUGUUUGCAUUGUCCGGGUUACGACCGUUUGUAUAAAAAUCAACACAUUUGUUCGAUCGUUUCGAAACAAAUUAACGGAUAUCAGUGUUUAUUAAACUUAAAAUCUGUGUCAGAACUCAAGUCGUUGAUAUAAAGGCGCCAUGUUACGAAACAUCGGGAAUGUGGUCUGCUUCAUCAUCGUCUUCAUGACGUCACACCACGUUACCGGACGGGCGAAUGACGUGACACAGUUGAACAGAAGGCUGACGAUCCUCAAGAAUUCCGUUGAGGACGAUAUCAAUGACAUCCGGCUUGAGAUCUUGGACCUGAAGAUGACCGUCGAGCAGAUUGUAGUCGGUCAGAGGAACUCUAGCGAUGGAUCCAUUAUUGGCCAUGGAAUGACAGAUAUUAAUCAAAGGGAGAUUACAGAUCUCAAGAAUAAGUUGAAUGCACAUGAAAGUCGACUGAACAGAUUAUUUAGUGCUGUCAGCGAAAUUCAAGUGGACAAUUCGGCACUUAAAAGUAAAGUCAACCAAUUGGUCGUAGAGAAAGAGGAUAAAGCAAAUGCUGAACUUCUCAGGUUGAACGCAGGGAUUGAAACAAAUUUUGGCGAUAAAUUCAACGCUCUUCAAAAGAAGUUUGAAGAAACCGCAGCUGUUAUGAUGAAAGGUUACAAGGACCUUAAGACGCACGUGUUCGAUCAAACAAAUACCCUUUCCCAGUCCAUGAUCUCCGAACAAAACAAACUGAGUAUAAAGAUUGACAAGGCAAUCGUUCGACUGGAUGGUGAAGUGAACAAACUCGAAGUCAACGCAUUGGUCGAGAAAAAUGAAAGAAACGAAUUGAUGAAGAACUUUAAAGCUGAACUUCUCCAGUUGAACGCAGGCGUUGAAACGAAAUGCGACGACAGAGUCAACACUCUUCAAAAGAAGCUUAAGGAAACCGCAGCACUGAAUAUGGAUUGUUACAAAGAUCUGGAGACGCGAAUAUCCGUUCAAAUGAAUAACUUUUCCCAGUCGCUGAUCUCCGAACAAAACAAAUUGAGUACAAAUAUUGACAAGGCCGAUACAAAGAUCGUUCGACUGGCCCUUGAAGUGAACAAACUCAAAGUCAACGCAUUGGUCGAGAAAAAUGAAAGAAACGAAUUGAUGAAGAACUUUAAAGUUGAACUUCUCCAGUUGAACGCAGGCGUUGAAACGAAAUUGGACGACAGAGUCAACACUCUUCAAAAGAAGCUUAAUGAAACCGCAGCGCUGAGUAUGGCAGGUAACAAAGAUCUGGAGACGCGAAUAUCCGAUCAAAUGAAUAGCUUUUCACAGUCGCUGAUCUCCGAACAAAACAAACUGAGUAUAAAGAUUGACAAGGCAAUCGUUCGAGUGGAUGGUGAAGUGAACAAACUCCAAGUCAACGCAUUGGUCGAGAAAAAUGAAAGAAACGAAUUGAUCAAGAACUUAAAAGCUGAACUUCUCCAGUUGAACGCAGGCGUUAAUAAGAAAUGCGACGACAGAGUCAACGCUCUUCAAAACAAUUUGAGUGCGAGGAUUGACAAGGCAGAUGCUAAUAUAGUAAAACUGGACGCUUCGAUAAAAGACCUGAAAACACAGAUUGGGAAGCUACCAUUGUCAGCCAACGGGUACCCCGUGAAGAGGAUAUUCGGAAGUGACCUAGAAAAGCACAUCAAAUUCGAGACCAGGGUCGUGCGUGGUGAAAACUGGAGUCAUGGUGACGAGGACGGCGGUGGCCCAGGCAAAGUGAUAGGUUAUUACGCGGGCGAUUUUGGUGACAGAAACGUGAUGGUCAGUUGGGACAAGGCCGGGACGGGCACCUACCUCAAAGUCAACCUGUUAAUAUUGAGGGAUUGA